AAAUCACAGCAAAAGAAAGCAUACGACAAGCGUGCUGGACCACCACUUCCCAAACUACCUCCUGGAAGCUAUGUCUACGCCAAGCCACCACCAUCCUCCUCAGCUAAGGCUUGGAUUCCUGGACAGAUAGUGAGUCCUGCUGGUCCACGAUCCUACCUAAUACAGACUGGCACCUCACAAAUUAGACGAAAUCGGGCUCAGGUACAGCUUGCCCCCUCUCAAAGCAGUCUAACACCACCUCAGCCCAGGCCUGUACCAACCCUCCCAGAUAAGCUGCGACCAUAUUCAUCACGUGCUGGUGUGCCACGACUCCAUUUGCAGUCCAGACCAACAGCAGAUUCAUCACCAGUGCCAGCAACUGCACCCACAGUACCUUCAUCUGAAUCAUCUCCAGCACCUGAAACCCCACUUCCUGUGUCCCCCUUGCCACCUUGUGCCACAAUCCAGCCACCCACACUAUCCUCACCAGUGGCACCCUCCCGUCCUGCAGCAUCCAGUUCACCUGUUGGACAAACUGUCACCCGGAGUGGCCGAGUAACUCGACGUCCAGCUCGUUACUCAGACUAACUCUUGAACCGACCUGCCUUUUAUUUCUUGCAGGUGAACACUACCCAUUGCUGUAGAUGUCCUUUCAGAGGACGGGAUGGAUGACCAACCCUACAAACAGGGCUUUGGACCUUAUAUGAUUAUUGGGACAAGUACUAAAGAGACA